CUCUCUAUAUCGCUUCACGCAGCCAUCAUAAACUCACCACUUCUUACACUCACAACUUGAAAAUCCCUAGAAACUAGAAAGCAAAAACCCUCACACUCUCCAUAACGCAAAGCUGCUGCAUUUUCCUCACUCAUAUUCAGAUCUCAACUUGAAAAAGAAAAGGAAAAGGAAAAUCAAAAUCCCACCAAGUACAAAAGAGAAAAAUAGAAAAGAAAUUAACUUUUGUAUAUCAAUGCGGCAUAUGAUAUGAAGAAGGAAAAUCAAAACGUUUCCGUUGUAGCUGUCCUCACUGCAUUGUUGUUUGCAGGUACAUUGUCAUCAGUGUGUGCCUCCAACUCCAAGCAAACAAGCUUCAGUGGCGAACUCAGCCAUGUGGAAACCAUGUACAUCAAGCAGCGGCAGUUGCUCUACUACAGGGACGAGUUCGGUGACAGAGGAGAGAAUGUCACCGUAGACCCUUCCCUGGUGUUUGAGAACCAGCGCAUCAGAAACGCCUACAUUGCCUUGCAAGCAUGGAAGCAAGCCAUUGUUUCCGAUCCUCUCAACUUCACAGCAAACUGGGUAGGAUCUGAUGUGUGCAGCUACACUGGGGUCUACUGUGCACCCGCACUGGACAACCCUAAGAUCCGCACCGUUGCUGGCAUUGAUCUGAACCAUGCGGAUAUUGCUGGCUACUUACCGGAAGAGCUUGGUCUCUUGGUGGAUCUUGCCCUCUUCCACAUUAACUCAAACAGGUUCUGUGGCACAUUACCGCACCGCUUCGAUAAGCUCAAGCUCUUGUUCGAAUUGGAUCUCAGUAACAACCGCUUCGCCGGCAAGUUCCCUGCUGUGGUACUGAGACUCCCAACCCUCAAGUUCUUGGAUCUGAGGUUCAACGAGUUCGAAGGUGGGGUCCCCAGAGAGCUCUUUGACAAAGAUCUUGACGCCAUUUUCAUCAAUCACAACAGGUUCGUCUUUGAAAUUCCUGAUAACUUAGGAAACUCGCCGGUUUCCGUUAUUGUGUUGGCCAACAACAGGUUCCAUGGUUGCAUCCCUGCAAGCAUUGGGAACAUGUCGAACCUCAACGAGAUCAUUCUCAUGAACAAUGAGCUCAGAGCGUGCUUGCCUUCCGAGAUUGGCUUGUUGAAGAACCUCACAGUCUUUGAUAUCAGCUUCAACCAGCUCUUGGGACCAUUGCCGGACGCCAUUGGAGGAGCUGUGAGCUUGGAGCAGUUAGACGUAGCGCACAACUUGCUCUCUGGGAACAUUCCGGCCAGUAUUUGCAUGCUGCCAAAUCUUCAGAACUUCACUUAUUCUUAUAACUUCUUCACAGGGGAGCCGCCGGCGUGCCUGAGGCUGGCAUCGUUUGAUGACCGGACGAACUGCUUGCCGGGAAGGCCGUUGCAGAGAUCCGCGGCCCAAUGUAGGUCGUUCUUGUCUAAACCUGUGGACUGUAACUCGUUUGGAUGCAAGCCAUUUGUUCCUUCCCCUUCACAUCCUUCGCCUCCUUCGCCUUCUUCACCUUCUUCACCUUCACCCUCACCCUCUUCACCGCCUUCUAUUCCUUCACCUUCUCUGCCUUCUCCCUCUUCGCCACCGUCUCCCCCUUCGCCUUCUUCCCCCAAUGCACCAGGACAAGGUCCUCCUCCAUCAACUCCUACUCCAAUACCUUCUCCACCUAGAAGCGAACCUUCCCCAAUUUAUAGACCACCCUCUCCUCCCUCCACACCACCCUCUUUCCCUCCUAUAAAUACCCCGCCAUCACCACCCUCUUUCCCUCCUAUUAAUACCCCGCCAUCACCACCAUCAACAUCUCCACCUUACACUCCACAUUCUCCUCCUCCGCCACCGCCUCUUUACUCUCCUCCAUCGCCCCCGCCAUCACCAAUCUAUACACCACCUUCACCCACGCAGCCAGCACCUCCAUCUGAGCCUUCACCUACCCCAACCCCAACGCCACCAUACUGUGUCCGGUCGCCACCGCCUCCGCCUCCGCCGCCAAAUUCUCCAUCAAUACCGGCUCCUGAAUUAUCCCCGCCCCCACCUUCGCCUUAUCAUUAUACCUCGCCGCCACCUCCCACUCACUCACCUCCGCCACCCACAUAUAACCAAUCACCGCCACCUCCACCACCCUGCAUAGAACCUCCUCCACCGCCACCACCUUCUCCCACACCUUAUCUCCCACCACCAUCCCCAUCACCUCCACCUCCACCGGUUCAACAUAAUUCCCCGCGACCACAUCAUCCACCGGUCCACUAUAGUUCACCACCACCGCCACCGGCACAAUAUAGUUCACCACCACCGCCACCGGCACAAUAUAGUUCUCCACCACCCCCUGUCCAUUACAGUUCACCACCACCACCAACCCCUGUUCAUUAUAGUUCUCCGCCGCCACCAGCAUCAUCACCACCCUGCGAAGAAACUCCACCAUCUCCGACCCCUUCCCCACCACCAUCCCCUGUAUAUGAAGGGCCAUUGCCACCUGUCGUCGGAGUCCCGUACUCAUCGCCUCCACCACCACCUUUCUAUUAAUUCUUUUGAGAUGUUCUCUCCUCUAACCUUUCAAUCUCUCUCCAACACAAUUCACACUUGUUUUUGCGGCCAAUUCUUCUACUACACACGGCCCCUUCCUGUGCCUCCUCAAUUAAUCAUGAUCAUGGUAGCGACUCUCGUCGCUUGUGGAGCAAAAUUAAACAUGCUAGAUUAUGACCACUUUGUGCAAUGCAACAUUUGUUCUUAUUUGGAUUUGUAUCAUUAUGUGCUCAAAAGACAUGAAAGUGAGAAGAGGUAGCCGUGUGUUUGCGGGUAAGAGGAGAAAGCUUCUCCAUAUUUUGAUUUGAAUUAUUAUGAAUAUUCCCAGUUGUGAAAUAAAAAAAAAUGCCAAAAAAAAAAAGAAUAGGUUGCAGAGAAAAUUGUAUGUAUAGCAAUCAAUCGGGGACCAUAAGUUUCAUGGCUGCAAAAACCAUUGUAGCGUUAGCACUUCCUGCUACUUCCAUUUCUACUUCCUGGAGUUUAUUGUUAUUAUUAUCUCUCUUAUAUCAUAAUUAAUAUUCUUAUCAUUUUUUAAACUUCUAUACAA